CUCCUCCUCGAGAGUUAUUUGAAGUCGAAAAUGAGUAAUUUGCAGAGUAGUGGCCACUUGAGCUUCCCUUGUUACUGUACACAUUGUUCGGCGAGUCUUUUGAUGGAACAUUUUGAAAAUGGUUAUUCCCACUAUUUGUGAAACUUGUUCCAUUGGGAGAGCUGGCAAAUGAAGAUGUAGAAUUCUUGGGGAUUGUCAAAGACUUUAUGUCCAGUAUUGCAGUGUCCGAAUUCAUGGCUGGCGGCUGGAAGGAUUUCCACUGAGGAUUAUUGGACAUAGUCUUUCUUUCAGUUUAUUAUAAUUCAAGUUUGGAUGCAAAGAACUUUGGCUUAAGAAGAAUAUAUCACAGAAAAGUUCUCAGCCAAUUAAAAUGAUGUCUCUCCAAUUUCUUGAACACAAAAGCCAAAUGAAGUGCUUCAAGAGAACACAUACAAAAUAAAAAGGAAAACCUAUUAAAGAGUCAAAUCACGCUGUUGCAAUUACAAUAUCCGAAAUAUAACCUAUUGCAACACGCUUUACUGUUAAAUUAUUGAAGUCACUGAUGUCAACAGAGGUCCUAAGUGAAAAAUGAAGUUGGCAAAAUCCUCAGAUGUCUUCAAUGCGUGCUGGGUGCGGAUUGUGUUUUUGGCUUUUACUUUACUUGAUCGUUGUUUCAAGUUUUCUAAUCUAACAGUAACACAAGCACGACACAGCACAGCACUGACGACAUGCCGCCAUGUUGAGUGUCAACACUCAAACGCGAAAACACAAACGCAUUUUGUGAAGACAUUUUCCAUUGGUUUAUUCCAUGAAUGUUUGCAACAGUUUGCAACUGCGUGGAACAUGGAGGCGAUAUUUCACGAAAAGCAAGAAGGAUCAUUAUGUGCCCAACAUUGUCUCAACGCCUUACUUCAAGGAUCGUAUUUUACGGCUGUGGAUUUAGCUACUUUGGCCCAACAGAUGGAUGAUGAAGAAAGAUUGAGGAUGUCAGAAUCGGGAGUUGAUACAGAAGACUAUAGGAAGUUUCUGGAGCAACCCUCAGGCAACUAUGAUGACAGUGGCUACUUUUCUGUACAAGUUAUAAGUAGUGCUCUAGAAGUGUGGGGACUAGAAUUAAUACCAUACAACAGCACAGAGGAGAGAGCUGUUGAAGCACACAAAAAUCCUGCGCAAAUGAAAGCAUUUAUUUGUAAUUACCGAGAUCAUUGGUUUACCAUAAGACGUCUUGGAUACCAAUGGUUCAACUUAAAUUCUCUAUUGAGUGGCCCAGAAUUGAUUAGUGAUACCUACCUAGCCAUGUUUCUUGCUCAAUUGCAACAGGAAGGGUAUUCCAUAUUUGUUGUAUUUGGUAUAUUUCCUGAAUGUGAAGCUGAUGCCUUGCUCCGAAUAACCCCAGCUGUACAAACACAAAAGCCACGUCUUAUCUCUGCUGUUCCCGAAAAAACUAACACUUCCCCAGAAAAUGAAGAACUUCAAAAAGCUCUACAACUUAGCCUAAGACAGGCCGAAGAUAUCAUUGUUCCAAGUGGAUCUCAGUCUUCCAAUACUGAAGAGAGUGAUUUACAAAAGGCUUUACAAUUAAGCUUGGUUGGUGGUGUGACACAAACUGAUAAAGAUCAAAGAACAGAAGAUAAAGAAGAAAAUGAUAUGCAAAGAGCUGUAAGACUCAGCCUUUCUGCUUCUAAUGCUCCUGCAUUAUCUGCUCCUGUGCACAGUAAUUCUGGGGAGAGUGAUGACCAGUUACAAGAGGCAUUGCAACUCAGUUUGCAAAAUGAUGGUUAUAUUGACAGUGAUCAUGCAGAACUAGAGAAGGCUUUGAAGAUGAGCCUUGAAUGCUGUGACCCUGGCUAUGUUGAUCAAGAGGAGUUGCGAAGAAAACGUCUUGCAUACUUGACAAAUCACUCAAAUGUUACUCUUCCCUGCCUUAUUUCAAAUAAUUUCUGCAAACCACUCAAUAGUUAAAUCGGAACAUUUCAUUCAUAAUUUCUAGUCAAUCAUGUCCAUAACCAUCUUUUUUGCAUUAACAUUUUCAUGUGAAAAUGCUUUAUGUUACACAUUUUUACACAAAUCCCAAUUUGUACUAGAAUAUUUCAUGAAUGAAAUUGUACAUUUUAGUAAGAUGAAGUAUAUAGAUUGUUGAUAAGCUAACAAUUUUUAUAUAACACCAAUAACUGUGUGGUUGUGAGUAUGUUACCUAAUGUCUUAAGCAGUGCUGAAACAUUAUCUAUUUAUUUUGUUGACUAAUGUUAUAUGCAGUGGCCUCAUUCUUUUGUAAGAUUAUGCUAAUGUGUGAAUCUAAUUAAUUAACUAUGAUUUCCACAAGAAAGCAACAGUAAAUAUGUUUUGUUACUCCUAAAAGGUGACUGUACACUUAGAAAGUGCUGUAAUUUUCAAGAAUGUACAUUUUGUGAAGAGAGAAUGAGAUUUAGAAUGAAAAACUGUAAAAGUCAUGAUUGAGUUUCUUAUUGAUAUUUGUAUGUACUUCUAUUCACAGAAGCUAUGAGAUGUCAGGGUAUUGAAUUGCAACCAUUUCAUGUUGGCUGAGAAUCUAAAAAAGGCUGUUCAAGUCCUUUUUUUCUUUGUAGAAUUUGAAUUGUCCAUGAAUGUUCUGUGUGACUGUAAGAUAUUUUAUCACUUUUGAUUAAUGUAAUGCUAUAAUUUUUUUAUACGGAUUCUCUGUAGGAUCCUAUAUUUAUCUUUGUUUCAAAAUCUCAUGAUGAAGUAUACUUUUGAUAUUGUUCUUAAUUUACGUGGAUUUUCAAUAUUGUACAAUCCUCACAUAAUUUGUUUUGUCUACAGUAUUGUAUUCAAGAUUUGUAUUAGUUUUAUAUUGUUAUCAAAACUACUGAUGAAGGAUUUUGAAGUUUAAUAUAAUUUUCAAAACAAAGCAUUUAAACAAAAUGAAUUACUUUUUUACCUAUCCUUUCAAUUAAUUAAUAAUUGUGAAAUUAAACAAAUUCAAUAGAAAA